CUCAUUGUUUACUCUUAAUAGAUCUCUACUUAGCUUCUCCGCGAUACAAGCCCAUUUAAAUUCACAUCCAACCGGAUCGAGGAUUUAGGGUUCGCGAAAAAAAUGGCGCAACAACAAUCGUUGAUCUACAGCUUCGUCGCUCGCGGGACGGUGAUCCUCGCCGAGUUCACUGAUUUCAAAGGCAACUUCACCUCCGUCGCUGCACAGUGCCUCCAGAAGCUCCCCUCUUCCAACAACAAGUUCACCUACACCUGCGACGGCCACACCUUCAGUUACCUCGUCGAAGAUGGAUUCACGUACUGUGUUGUUGCGGUUGAUUCUGCUGGGAGGCAGAUUCCGAUGGCGUUUUUGGAGAGAGUGAAAGAGGAUUUUAGCAAGAGAUAUGGUGGUGGGAAGGCUGCUACUGCUCAGGCUAACAGCUUCAAUAAAGAGUUUGGCUCUAAGCUGAAAGAGCACAUGCAGUAUUGUAUGGAUCACCCUGAUGAGAUUAGCAAGCUUGCUAAGGUGAAGGCUCAAGUCUCUGAAGUUAAAGGUGUUAUGAUGGAAAACAUCGAGAAGGUUCUUGACCGUGGUGAGAAAAUUGAGCUUCUGGUGGACAAAACCGAGAACCUUCGCUCUCAGGCACAAGACUUCAGAACAACGGGGACACAGAUGAGAAGAAAGAUGUGGCUUCAGAACAUGAAGAUUAAACUCAUAGUUCUCGCCAUCAUCGUCGCACUGAUUCUCAUCAUCGUGCUCUCAGUUUGCCAUGGCUUCAAGUGUUAAAGAGCCCCAUCAAAGUUAAAAAAACUCUCUUGAAAUCUUUUUCUCACUCGGUCUUCGUAAUCUAUAUAUAAUAGCAAACCAUUUUUAUUAAUCUGAUGAUGUCAUCAUUUUUUAUAAGAAAAAAAAAACAAAAUCUAACGGUGA